AUGGACCCAGCGGAAAUUGUAGAAAUUCAGCCUAAAACUUCGUAUUUAAGUCCUAAAGAGCUUAUACAGCUUCGGCACAAGGAGUUUGAGGUCCCUGCCGGCGGCCUAAAGCGCACACAAAAUGAGGGCAGCCAGGCUGAACUCGAGGAACUGCACGGGGCGCUAGACGCUCUAAAAGCCCAGCUAUCUGUUCCCCGCAUCGAAAGAUUGGGGGGAAGGGCUUUAGCCACCUGGAAUAGUGAGCAACAGGUUGCAGAGGUCCUUCGCAAGGAUGGAAAGUUCGAGAACUUUGGCCAUGGUAGGCAGGGUAAACUCUGUUUGGAGUAUUACGAGGCCUUGUUCCUGCUCGAGUUGGGUCGCCUGCAGCUGGAGUAUUGUGGAACCAUAGUUUCCAUAGAGCAAGCCUAUGUCCUACUCCUUGGAGAAUCGGAAAGUGAAAGGUUUACCCAUUACCUGGUUUACUCUGCCCUCUCCCGAGCUGGCUAUAUAGUUGUCCGGCAUCAAGUGGUUCAAGAGACGCCAGUUACCAUUACCAGUUCUGACUGCGUCUGGGCCUUGCUAAAGGAACGACUUGGGAAUCAGCCAGUACCUUCGAAUAUUAAGGAAUCUCCUCACUUUGCAGUGGCUGAAAAGCAAAUGGAGGAUAUCAAAAAGCUUGUUAUGGAACAGAAAACCCAGUCCUCCUUGGAAUCAGCCACAGAAGAAGCUCCAGUGGAUUUCCACUUUGACACCCGAAAACGCCGAGCGAAAUCGGAGCCAAUGGGACAACCGGCCAAUAAAAGGGGAAGAAUGGCUUUCACAGGCGGCAGUCUAGUAGACCAGCUGCAAAUGGAAUCCCCAUAUGCGAAAUUCCAAGAGGUCUUUCAAAAAUUUGAUAUUGUUAGGCUGGAUACAAAAAACUACUCUAGGGACGCUAGCUCUGUAGACUCCUCCCUCCAGAUUACCUUUGAUUUGCACCUCCAUAACGAGGGCUUCAAGAAGCGAUCCCCCAAAGGCCCCACUUUUAAUGUGAUCAUCUUACCACCGCAGGCGUCAUUUCCCACCCACGAUGAGAUCUUCGCAAUCCAAAGUCAACAACACGUUAACACCGCCCAGUUGCUCGUCAUAUCCGUUAGCGAAUCCAAACAGAUUCAGGCCUUCUUGUACUUUAUUAGCUGAUGAUUG